UCAUUGCUACAGGCAGAAGUUAUGGCUGCUUUUACUUUUAAACAAAGGUUUGGAGUCAGAAUAUUAACUUUCUUAUUGUUUUAUUUAUGUGGCGAUGUUUUUGUUCAUGGGGUGCAAACAAUCAAGGAUAUUUCCAUUUAUUCUCUUAAUUAUUUUUCAUGUUACUCUCUGACAAAACAUGAAACAUCUUGCGAUGUGUUGAGAUCUUAUUAAUCCCAGUUUCUUGGUCAAUUGGGAGAAAGUUCCCAGGAAUGUUUGCUGAUUAAGUCACACAAAACUCUUAAUAUUUCUAUUAAAAUGAUCAAAAUAAAAAACCGAAAAGCAAAGAAAAAUCUCUAGAAGGUUUAGUGUGUAGAUUUUAUUGAUGGGCUGAGUUGUAGCAAAAAAACUAAACAAAUACAACCAAAACCAUGAGGAACCAAAAUGCUGGCCGUCCUGCCGGCGCUGCUGCUGCUGCUGCUGCUCAGCUCCAGGUCGGCCUGCGGCGUCUUCCAGAAGCUUUACUGCAGCUUCUCAGACAGCUGCGACUGCGACUUCAAGCCCAACAUCAGAGACUUGGAGUGGGACCUGUACAAGAAUGUCUUCGGUCAGCACCUGGCCCAGGACCUGGUCGCAGAAGAGGUUUCCAGGUUCCUCCUCAAUAAGAGCCCGGAUCGGCCCCUGGUUCUGUCCUUCCACGGCUCCUCUGGGACCGGGAAGACGCUGGUCAGCACCAUGCUGGGGAACCACCUGUACGGCUCGGCCAUGAGCAGCCCCUUCGUCCACCAGUUCGUCCCCGCGCUCCACUUCCCUUCAGCCGAGCGCGUCGCUCAGUACCAGAAUCUGCUGGUUUUGAAGCUGUGUUGCUCUGGUUGGCAGGCGGAGCUGAAGAACUGGGUGAAGGGAAACCUGACGGCCUGCUCGCGCUCCGUCUUCAUUUUUGAUGAGAUGGAGAAGAUGCCUGCAGGCCUGAUCGACGUCCUGGAGCCGUUCCUGGGUCCGUCCCACGUUGUGUUUCGCACCAACUACAGGAAGGCCAUCUACGUCUUCAUAAGCACCGCGGGACAGGAGGCGAUACACCGGCUGAUUCUGGAGAACCGGCGGGCUGGACGGGACAGAGACGAGAUCAAACCGUCCGACCUGCAGGAAGUCGUCCAGCAAUCGGUUUACAGCAACAAAACCAAUGGGCUCUACCUGUCCAGCAUCGUCCAGCAGAAUCUCAUCACUCGCUUCGUCCCCUUCCUGCCACUGACCCGGACCCACGUGGAGCGCUGCGUCCGUGCCCAGCUCUGCCAGCGCGGCAGCUGUAACCGUGACGACGUGGUGGAGGCGGUGGGAGGAGACAUGACCUAUGACCCCGCAGAGGGACACUACUUCUCCACCACGGGAUGCAAGGCGGUCGCUGCGAAGAUCAGCUUCUUCCUGUGAGCCCCAGCCGGACGGUUCUGGUUCCACUGGGAGGAAAACGCCUCCGAUCCGCUUUCAGGACGCAGGAUUUGAACCGACGACCCGAUGCUCAUGGGUAACCGGAGGGAAAAGCUCUGUGAAGGCAGAAAGCAGCAGGAGGAAACAAACCGCAGCAGCAGAGUUUGGUGGCUGCUGCCUCUUCUGGGUCUGAACCAGGAAUCCUGUCUAAGAUGGAGAUGACAGACAGAAAAACUCUGAAGUUUACAGAUUAAUCCAAGAAAUUUCUGAGCUCCAAAAGUGAAAAAUUCAAAAAUCUGAAAUUUUAACAUUGAUCUCAUAAAUUUUCUAUAGAACAUCUAUAAAAUUUCUCACUUUGAAAAGUCAGGAAUUUGUUGGAAAAAAUGUUUAGAUUAAUCUCUGAAAUCUUCUAGAGAAAAACUGAAAUUUCUGAACUCCAAAAGUCAAACAUUUGCUAGAAAAACAUCUGAAAUGUUGAGAUCUCAGAUUAUUUAUAAGAAACUUGGACAUUUCUGAGUGUCAAAGGUCAAACAUUUUUUACUUUUCAAGCUCAGAAUCUUCUAGAAAAUGUUUAAAAUUAAUGUCAAAAAGUCUGAAUUUUUGGCAGAAAUUUACUCUUCUUUUUUUCCCUAAAUCUUACUUCUACCAUGGACCAAACCUUAGACGACUUUUAAAACCUACAGCUUUUAAAAAAAGGCUGCAGCUGCUUCAGGUCAUCAACUUAUUUUCUUUAAAUUAUUUUUGCUCUGGAAAAUCAUCCGUCAGUUUUCAGACGCCUCACAGGGUUCAGUGAAGAUUUUUGAUUUCUUUGCAGGAACAAAGACUCUGACUUUAGUUUAUAAGUUAUUAUUUAACGGAAAGGGAUCAGAGAUUUUAAUGAAACUGUUUUAAUUUCAAGAUGUUUAAACCAUAAAACGGUUUUUCAGCUCAGAUUUUCACUGAUGUGAAGUGAAAUAUUGUAUUAAGAUGGAGGGAAACUAGUGAGCUGAAUAUAUCCAGAUGAAGAAAUGCCAAAGCUGAUGAAGUGAAACGGAGUAUUAGGGCCGUCGUAGAUAAAAAUAAUAAUAAUAAUAAUAAUUGCCCAUGAAGGAGUACAUUCCAACAAACAUUGUUUAGAUUAGUUUCUCAUACUAACAAGAAAAAACUUGGAAAUUGUCUCAUGUCGCAAAGUAAUAAGUUUGAAAAAAUAACAAUUUUCCAUUAUUAAAAUCAUAAAUUUACAAUGUAAAAGUGAAGAUGUUGUCUGAGUUUAUAAAAUCAGACAUUUCUGACAGAAAAUGACAAAGGUUUUGAUUGAAAAGAUUUUUUUCUAAUUUUAUGAUUUUUCUUUUACAGAUGUCUAACUUUCCAAAGUCAGAAAAUAUCCACCUUAUGUUAAAUUAAAAUUAAAAUUUAUGUCUUUAAUCAUGGAAAAUUGACCAUUUCUUAGUUGAGAUUUAUGAAUUUCUGACAUCAGAGUUACCAUGUUUUUUAUGAUAAUGGGAAGUUUUAUUAUUUUUAUAGCUUUUUCUUAUGUUCAAUGACUCUAAUAUUCUGUCACAGAUUAAAGGGACAAAACUAACUAAAUAAAUAAACAAUUAAUUAAAUGACCAUGAAAUAAAUGUAAUUCAAUAUUUAAAUCUUUUUUAGAAACAAUUUAAAUGUAGUUAAAUCAAUAAAAAUGCAAACUUAUAAUAAUUAUUUCAUGGUGAUGCUGCAGGAACAGAACCAAGAAAUAAUUAAAUACAUUUUUAAAAAUGUAUUGCGGCUAUCAUGAGUUUACAUUUUAAUUAUUUAAUUUAAUAUUUAAUUGUCUACUACAUAAACUAUGAUCUGUUUAUUUAUUUAAUUUUGUCCCUUUUGGCCUUCCAUAGAAUACCUUAAGUAGGAUUCAAAUGUUUAGGAGCUCAUCUCUACUCCUGCCAGCAGGGGGCAGCAAAGACUUUUUUGUGCCAAAAGUGGAAGAUGAGGCGAGAAAGAGUUCACCUGUUAGUUAUAUUUGUUCAUAUGUUUAUCCGUUCUGAUCAGUAGAGUGUGUGUGUGUGUGUGUGUGUGUGUGUGUGUGUGUGUGUGUGUGUGUGUGUGUGUGUGUGUGUGUGUGUGUGUGUGUGUGUGUGUGUGUGAGAAACACUGCGGCUGCAGAUUGAAACGGAUCUGCUUCUGAUCAGAAUGGAUCUGGAUUCACUAAAAUCUCAGUUGUUUCCUUCUGAUUGAACCGUUUACAGCUUAAAAAGUGUUUACAGCUAAGAACUGAGUGUGGAAGAAAUGAUUCUUCAGUAUGUUAAAUAAACUGUCAGAGGAAAUCAUCGUUUGAGAACAGAAUGUUUCCAAAGUGCGGCCCAGGGGCCGUUUUUGGGCGGCCCUUGAUUUGAAAUGUAAGGUGCAACACAAAGGAUUCAUUCAGGUUUUACUUUCAGUUUAAUUUAAUUUAUUAAUCAUAGAGACCCAAAAGCAUCUUUGCUAAAAUGCAAAAGACAUUUUGAACUUUGCAAAAUAAAGCAAAAUUGAGCCAUA